GUUGAGCCCUGGUCCAGCCCCGAGUGGAGAGUGAGCCUCUCACCAUGACAGCCUGUUGCAGCUGGAACGAUGUCUUCCAGUAUGAGACAUACAAAGUCAUCCGGAUCCAGAGCACGAAUUAUGGCACCAUUAAAUGGUUCUUCCAUGUGUUGUUCUUUUCCUACAUUAGCUUUGCUUUGGUGAAUGACAAGCGGUACCAAUGGAAAGAACCUGUUAUCAGUUCUGUGCAUGCCAAGGUGAAAGGGAUGGCAGAGGUGAAAAAGGAGAUUAUGGAGAACGGAGUGAAGAAGGUAGUGUGGAAUGUCUUCGACACGGCAGAUUACACUGUCCCCUUGCAGGGGAACUCCUUUUUUGUGAUGACAAACUUUCUCAAGAUAGAAGGUCAAGAGCAAGGGUUGUGUCCCGAGUAUCCCACCCGCAGGACGCUCUGUUCCUCUGACCAGGGUUGUAAAAAGGGACGGAUGGGCCCAAAGAGCAAAGGAAUCCAGACCGGCAGGUGUAUAGAGUAUAAAGGGAAGCAGAAGACCUGUGAAGUCUCCGCCUGGUGUCCCGUCGAGGCAGUGGAAAAGGCCCCAGAGCCUGCGCUCUUGGGCAGUGCUGAAAACUUCACUGUGCUCAUCAAGAAUAAUAUCGACUUCCCCAGCCACAACUACACCACGAGAAACAUCUUGCCGGAUUUAAACGUCACUUGCACCUUUCACAAGACUCAGAAUCCACAGUGUCCCAUUUUCCGACUAGGAGAUAUCUUCCGAGAAACAGGAGAUAAUUUUUCAGAUGUGGCAAUUCAGGGAGGAAUCAUGGGCAUUGAGAUCUACUGGGACUGCAAUCUGGACAGGUGGUUCCAUCACUGCCGUCCAAAGUACAGUUUCCGUCGCCUUGACGACAAGACUGCCAAGGAGUCCUUGUACCCUGGCUACAACUUCAGAUACGCCAAGUACUAUAAGGAAAAUAAUAUCGAAAAGCGGACCCUGAUAAAAGCCUUUGGGAUCCGUUUUGACAUCCUGGUUUUUGGCACCGGAGGAAAAUUUGACAUUAUCCAGCUGAUCGUGUACAUCGGUUCAAACCUCUCUUACUUUGGUUUGGCCACUGUGUUCAUUGACUUUCUCAUCAACACUUACUCAAAUAAAUGCUGUCGAUCCCGUAUUUAUCCCUGUUGCAAGUGCUGUGAACCCUGUGCAGUCAAUGAAUACUACUACAGGAAGACGUGUGAAUCCAUUGUGGAGCCAAAGCAGACAUUAAAAUAUGUGUCCUUUGUGGAUGAACCCCACAUUAGGAUGGUAAACCAAAGGCUACUUGGGAGAAGUCUGCAAGAUGUUGAAGGUGAAGAAGUGCCAAGACCCCCGAUGGACUUCACAGACUUGUCCAGGCUGCCUCUGUCUCUUCACGAGCCACCCCCCACUCCUGGACAACCAGAGGCUAUCCAGCUGCUCAGUGAAGGGGCAACCCCUAGAUCCAGUGACUGCCCGAAUUGGUGCCAGUGCGGAAAGUGCCUCCCAUCCCAACUCCCUGAGAGACAAAGAUGCUUGGAGGAGCUGUGCUGUCGGAAAAAGCUGGGUGCCUGUAUCACCACCUCAGAGCCGUUCAAGAAGCUUAUCCUGUCCAGACAGGUCCUGCAGUUCCUCCUGCACUACCAGGAGCCCCUGCUGGUGCUGGAUGCAGAUUCUACCGACAGCCAGCUGCGGCACUGCGCCUACAGGUGCUAUACUACGUGGCGCUUUGGCUCCCAGGACCUGGCUGACUUUGCCAUCCUGCCCAGCUGCUGCCGCUGGAGGAUCCGGAGAGAGUUUCCCAAGAGGGAAGGCCAGUACAGUGGCUUCAAGAGUCCUUACUGAUGUGCUGAGCAGUCAUAUAACAUUGCCUUUGCUUGCACCUUGAGCUUCACCUGCAAAGAUGUGUGUCCCGAUUUUCAGCCAACGGGAAAUGUGCUUUCCUCCUCCCCCAGCUCUGUAUGUGUCAGAGAGCAAAGU